AUGACGUUUUCGUGUCGUUCUUUUCCCGUCGCGGAAGGACGUUCCAAGAAGAUAUUUCUUCGCAGAUCGAAAAACGACGACGGUUCGACGAUCAAAAGGAGUGUUGUCACCCCACGCUGUAACAACAGCAACAAUAAACGAUCGGUAAAACGCUCCUCCUCUUCAAAAGGAGGAAGCUUUGAGAACAGCAUCGUGUUCUCGUUGGCGUGUUUAGAGGAAUUGACGAAAGUGGAGAUGAAACGAGACACGCCAAAGUUGAUCGAUUUAUGGAUGGAAAAGUACACGGAGGCGUUAGAGUGGAAGUUGGCAAACGAAGGGUCGUUAACCAUCAAGAAAACCGACGACAAAGUACCGUUGGCUCGAUGGAUCACUUACCAACGAAAACUGGCUCGUGAAGAUAAGCUCACACCGGAAAAGUAUGAAGCUUUGAACGCGUUGGGAAUGUUCGACGUGAAGAGGAGGUCGAAAGGAGAAGAAAACAACGACCGCUCGAACGACGGUACAAAGAAGAAGAAGAAACAGAACCAACGGCCGAAACAAUCGUGGGAGCAAACUUUCGAAGAACUCAUCUUGUUCAAAGAGAUCAACGGAGACGGGACGAAAAACCAACUUCCGAUCAAAUUGAAACGUUGGUUAAACGCGCAGAAAAACACGAAAAGUAUGGAAAAGAGGCAAUUAUUAAUCGACAACGGUUUCGAGGAGUAUGUAAAUCCAAAGAAAAACGCCCGAAGACGCGCCUCUUGGGACACGCGUUUCACCGAACUGAGACAGUUUCAAAGAGAACACGAUCACUGUAACGUUCCAGCGACGUACCGAUUAAAUCGUCCGCUGGGAUAUUGGGUCGCCACGCAACGUAAAACCCAUCGAAACGGAACGUUGAAGCCCGAGAGAGAGCAGGCUUUGACCAACCUCGGUUUCGAGUUUGAGCCUUUGAAGACGUGGUAUCGAAACGGACCGAGAAACGUGGACGAGUUAGCUGGAAAAGUAUCCGUCUCGUGGAUGGGAAGAGCUGCGCCAGCGUACGAGGAGAAACAAAAACUAGUCUUUGAAUCGUUACGAGAGAACUUUAGAGAGUUCGAUAUGCGAUUUAACCAUCGAUUAGGGAGACUCGGGUCGAUUAAGCCUGACAUCGUCAUCGAAGUCAACAAUUGGGCGAUGAUUAUCGAAGUGGACGAGUUUCAACACAAAAAGUACGAGCGAGACGGUGAAGAUGAUCGUUUAGAGCAGUUGAGAGAUUACUUUAAUAUACCGUUGAAAGUAGUUCGAUUUAAUCCUGAUCCGUGUUCGAUGAAGGACGAGAGAGACUUUGAGGAACGCUUGGAGGUGUUAAAAGAACACGUCCGAAACUCGAUCGAAGUCGCGCCUAUUCGAGACGUUGAGAUUGAUUACGUCUGUUUCUAA